CAAGACUGAGUGACACCAUCGUCCCUGCAGUCUACCAACCGUCCCUGGACGAGCGUAAAAGUCUGACAUCGACUUCAUUUCCAUCUUUUUCUUCAUCACUCCAUCACAUCCUCAUCCCUUCUGUCUCCCUACUCUCUUACCCUGACUCUUGUCUACCGUCUCAACGUUUUAUUGUCGCUUGUUCAUUCAAGGCCCCUUCCUCUUCUCGUUUAAUUUCUGAUCAGUCCACGCCGUAUCGUACCUGUGCACCUGAGAGCACGCUGAUCAGUCUCUACCCCAUCCUACACCUCCAACGCUCGUUCCUCAAGCUAUGCACCAUUCCCAGGCCAACGUCAGGAAGAGACUUGACCACUACUAUCGCUGUGUCAAUGCCGUCAUCCUCAACCGCCAGAACCCUACCACAGGCCUGAUCCCAGCCUCAGUUGCAGUGACGACUCAUGGCGACUAUCGCGAUGCCUGGGUUCGUGAUAACGUGUAUUCUAUCAUGGCAGUCUUCGGUCUUGCGCUCGCGUACCGCCGAGUCGAUGAUGACGAAGGCCGAGCCUAUGAACUUGAGCAUGCUGUCAUCAAGCUGAUGCGCGGUCUGUUGUUCAGUAUGAUGCGACAGUCGCACAAGGUUGAGGAGUUCAAGAAGACGCAGGCACUCAAGGAUUGCCUUCACGCAAAGUACAACACUGCCACCGGAGACACGGUCGUCGGUGACUCGGAGUGGGGUCACUUGCAGAUCGAUGCCACCUCCAUCUUCCUGCUGGCAUUGGCGCAGAUGACUGCCUCAGGAAUACUGAUCGUCUACACAGCAGACGAGGUCGACUUUGUGCAGAACUUGGUCUUUUACAUUGAACGCGCAUACCGCACCCCUGACUACGGUAUCUGGGAAAGAGGCAACAAGAUCAACCAUGGAGAGCCCGAACUGAACUCGUCCUCGAUUGGUAUGGCCGUUGCAGCCCUGCAGGCGAUCAACGGUAUCAAUCUCUUUGGAUCUCGAGGCGGACCCAGCUCGGUGAUCCAUGUCCUGCCCGAUGAAAUCACACGCAACUAUACAACUCUUCACUCCGCACUGCCAAGAGAGUCCAAUUCCAAGGAAAUCGAUGCUGCCCUGCUCUCUGUUAUCGGAUUCCCUGCCUUUGCCGUGGGCGAUGCUAAGCUGGUAGAGCGCACCAGGAACGAGAUUAUUGAAAAGCUCGGUGGCAAAUAUGGAUGCAAGCGCUUCUUACGUGAUGGUCAUCAGACUGUUCUUGAGAAUACAACCCGUCUGCAUUAUGAUGCCCAUGAGCUCAAGAUUUUCGAGGGUAUCGAGUGCGAGUGGCCCCUGUUCUUCACCUACUUUAUUCUGGAUGGUCUCUUCAGCGAGAACGAAGAGCAAGUGGAGGAAUACCGUGCCAAGCUGGAGCCAUUGAUUAUCGAUUCGGCAACGCUUGUUGACUUCGGCCAGUUUAUCACAGACUCCAUUUCGGAUAGCGAGGACGGCCGAGGACUGAAAACACCUACCUCACCUGGAAUUGCCACUCCUGGAAGCGACGGGAAGCUGCCUGAGCACAUGCCACUUAUUCCCGAGUUGUAUUACGUUCCUAACCACCUCGUCGAGGCCGAAAAGAAGGACAACCAUUCCCAGGCUCGUAUCGCCAACGAUAACCUCCCUCUUGUCUGGGCCAACUCACUCCAUACACUCGGCAGCUUAAUCUACGAGAACCUGCUAAGCGUAGCCGAAAUCGAUCCUCUCGGAAGACGUUUCAACGCCCGCAAGACUCACGCCAAUGACACUGUGGUUCAAGUCGUGCUCCUUGCCGAGGACACCAAUCUGCAGAGCAUGCUAAACAUGUAUGGACUCGAGACCCAGACGAUGGACCAGGUUCACCCCAUCACGGUCAGUCAUCCUCAGGGACUCAAGGAGGUUUAUGGAGCACUCGGAAGGAACGCCAAGCUGGGUCUGUCUGGAAGACCUAAGCGUCCCAUCGGAUCUCUUGGAACAUCUCGCCUGUAUCGCGUCGAGGGUCACCUUUAUGCAUUCACACCCCACUUCAUGGAUAACGAGGAGUUCUACCUCACGAGCGACAAUGACUACCUGAUCUCGAUCUUUGAGCAGGAAUUGGCCUUUGUUCGCCAGUACUGGCAUUAUCCUGGACGCCCCACGAUGACGAUCUUGCUGACCCAUGCUAUGUUGGGCGGAUUGUCGAAAUCCCGCAGCUUCGCCUCGCAGACAGCAAUUGAUGCCCAGCGCUUGACCACCUGGAGAAAGGCUGGGCUGGGCUCGGCUCCACAAAAGGACAACAAACGCAACCUUCUCAACUUCUUCAUGACCCUCCGCAGCGGCGUUUGCAACGGUGUCCGCGUUCGUCUAGGACGUUUGAGUGAAAUGGUCAACACGUCGUGCAUCGAAUCCUUGGACUUCUUGGUUACUAAGAAAGAUAUUGACUGGAUGGGUAUUCUUCGGGGCGCCGCCAACCGUCGCAAGGGCCGCAAUGCCAGGAAACUGGGACUUAACGAGAAGAAGACACAGGCAGCGACACCAGGAGGCAGCCGGACACCUAGCCAUCGCUGGUCGAUGCACCGACGAUCGUCAUCCUUCGGUCCUGGCUUCAAUCCCGUAUCUUUGACGACACCUGCGGUCAACACCGAUUUGGACGGAGAUAGCUACUUUGAAUCACUUUCGCAGGCUCCGACGCCCUCUGAGUCCAACUUCCCCGGAUCGCCCUUUGGCAUGACCCCCGUGCCCACCGCAGCUCAAGAGCCGUACAGCUCCAAGAAGAGCAAGAAAGAUGAAGCCAAGGUGUUCAAGCUAAAGGACCACGAGGAGCCUCGACCGAAGGCCAGGAACGGUGCCACAGGUUCCGGUAUCCUGACGCCCGACCUGGCCAACCUCGAAAUUUCUGAGGCACUCGCUAACGGGGCUGCCUUGGAGGAAGAUGAGGAAUCGGACGGGUCUGCCGACGCCAUGGACAACUUGGGCCUCACUCUUGGAGACCCAUCUCAAAUGGAUGCGGCUAUGAAUAUGCUGGCCACCUCUGUCAACCUUUACGAUCAAAUUGAUUUGCUCCAGUACCUUUUGUCAUGCCAGGGAAUGGAAUUUUAUGUCAGUAACUUGGAUGCAACGGUGCAAUCGAUGCUGGAGGAGGUCUACUUCAAGUCCCUGCAGCUCAAACUCUGGUCCAUUGUCCGUCAGGCUGCCGGAUUGCUCCACAAGGUUGUCAACUCGCUCACCAUCAACAUCACCGACUUGGUUAUUCGUCAGAAGCAGAUCACCAUCGGAUCCGGACCCACUGAGCACAAGAUUACGACGCCCUUGGGUCCUGACGUGCUCAGUCGCAUGAUCUACGACGGCAACUUUGACGACGUUCGAGAGGGUCCUGUUGUUCAGGAGGUCCUGAUCUACCUGGGAUCCCUCAUCAGAGCCGACCCCACCAUGUUCGAGGGUAUCAUGCGUCUUCGCACACACUUCCUGAUUAUUGCUCUACGCGAGGAGAUUUCGCGUCUCAACAGUUGCGAUGAGACGGAUGCUGUCGAGCACUUGAUGCAGAUGUCGCCUUUCGAGCUCAAGUCGCUGUUAGGAACGGUGUUGUCUGGCCCCACUCUCAGUGCGAACGCCGCCAAUACGCUUCUUCGCAACCAGUCUCCUGGUCGUCGUCAAGCCGGCAACGUCUCUUUGACGGGUGAGGCUACCAGCAGCAACGCGCCCCCGAGUAUUGCUUCAUCUGGUUCCUCAUUGUCCAUGGGCGCUGUUCCCAUCCCUAAUAUGACCAAGGGCUCAACCACAUUCACAAUCAAGGUCCAGUCGGGUGGAUACCACUCGGGCAAUUUCUCAAAGAUUCUUAUCAACGACAGCACGAUGUCUGUGUCGUCGCGUGGAAUCAACAUAGUGGUAAUCGACCCUGCGCAGGGCGUGCUCAUCGAGUCGGUCGCGUUUGACACCCAUAUCUCUGAGGACGAGAGCGACGACUUGGCACGUCUGGUGGACUGGCUUCAUUCUGGCAUGAUUGUCGUGUGCGCGAGCAAGGACGACUGUUUUGAGCACCUGACCGCGGCUGCUCGACUUGCGCUGAAGCAACUCGGAAGCGGACAUGUCAACGAGAUCAAGUAUCGUGAUUCAUGGUGCAUGAUUGGCGAGAAGGGAAUUGACGCUGGCACGGCAUCUGAAGCCCACAAGUCAUUUAUGGAUGGACCCACCGAUGUUUUGGAAAAGACAUUCGACCUGGCCCUCUACAAGGCCAAGGCAGCCGAUAGUCAAGAAGCCUUUCCGUCACCAUCGGCCAUUGCAGCAUUUGUGCCAAACUCCUCGGGUCGUUGGCUGCGGCGCCGCAAGAACGACGGUGCGCUAAACCGCGUCCCCAAUAAAUUUUACCCGCGUGUCUGGCGAAUUCUCUCCCACGCUGCUGGCAUUCGUAUUGGGGCACACUUCAUGCCACGCGAUCCUAUCGUUUCCGAAAAGACGCCUGAGGAGUUCAACUUUGCAUUGGCAGUCGAGAACUUUUUGGGCGUGAUCCUGGAUCCGGCCGAGCGACAGAUCGCCAUAGAGACACUAAUGGUGGUUGCCAAGAUCGAGGACCGUAACCCGGGUAUGGAGGUGCAGCCUGAAGUGAUCGAUCUGCCCGUGAUCAUGAAGGAGGCCAUGGAUAACUUCUGGUCAAAGUGGGUCGUGAAUGGAUCGGAUGUUGCGGUGACUGGCCUUGGAGAUGUCAGCUUUGAGCACCACGAGCAUCUCGCCCGUAGGAUGUUCUACGAUCUGCCUCAGGAGGGCAAGGAGGGUACGUUCGCGUAUCUAGCACGUGCCGUGUUGAAGCUUUUGCCUUAUUCCAUCGACUUUGAGUGAACUCGUUUGUUAGAUUAGCAAUAAAGUAGAAGAAAAAGAAGAC